AUACCGAAGAAGCAACAGGCGAUUGAUAGGAAAUGCCCACGUGAUAUGAACAUAAGGCAAUUGAGAAAAGAGGUAUAAACAAAGAUGCCGUAGGAGCAUGGUAAUACAAAGGCAGACUUAUUGAUUACCUUCAGAUCCAGAUUCGGAAACUCAUCCCUGAUUUCAUUCAUCAUCUUUUCCGACGACUUUUGGGGCCAAGGAAGCACGCAAAGAAGCAGCUCCUUUGAGUCUCCCCGCGACGGAACUUCUGGACCGCCUCCCAUUGCGACCAUAGCGGACAAAUGCUUGUGACGGGACUGGUAUCAAUUGAAGUGAAGCUUCAGAGUGAGACCGGAGUUUGCUGUAACAUAGAUUGUGAUGGAAGCGAUGGUGAAUUCCGACUAUCAACUUCAUGUCAAGGUUGAAAUUGAGAAGAUUACCAAUCAGGCGGUUUGCGACGGACUUUGCGACAUGUCCUCUGCGAGUAGCUUUGUGUCUGCGAUAUUUGCAAAAGCAAACGUUCUCUCAAAUCUAAUAUUGUCAUGGCAUUCAUCAAUUGAAGUGGGGGAUCAUAGCGUCUCAACUGCCGGUCGCACCAUGGGCCCUUGGUUCAAUAAACAACCUGCGACCGCAACAGAAUGCCGACAGCCAGUCGUGUUUCAGGAUGGUGGGAGACUCCGUGGUGGUCAAAAUUUGCAGAGAACGGUCGCAAAAGAAAGCAUGAACACCUCCCCGAUUCGAUCGGCUCUUGACCUCUGUCCAACUGGGGAUGCGCCUCACUGCUCCAAAAAAGUAUUUGAGUUCUUCUACUGGAGAAGUUUGUCCAUUUUGCAUCACCAUGACGCCUCGACCCGGCGCCCAACGCAAGGAUUUCCUUCGGCUGCUGACGCUCAUCCCCGUCUUUCAAGUGUUCUGAUCGUAGGUCUUCUCCACUGCAUGAACCUCAUCUCUGAAGGAUCAAAAAUGCCCUCAAGUCUCCUUGCGCCUGCAAAUUCUUUCUCACUUAUCGAUCAUGCUACACGCGAUUUCACCACUUCACUCUCGAAUGAAACUCCAAGUCUCUAUCACAUCGCAUUAGGGCAGGGCGUACAAAGUUUGAAGUACCACAAAGGGCUUGUUCGGAAGAUGCUUGCACACACCCCUCGCCGCUCACUAACAUUUCACAUAUCAACAAAUCAUAUCUUAACAGAGCUUGUUAUUAACCGGUGGUCUGCUCAGUGCACAUCACCCCAGACAUUCCCCUUGUCUCGUCCCAGCUCCAAGACAACGAGCUCCUUUGCCGAACCUCUUCCCCACCGAAAACCAGUCGGGAACCCGAAAAUAGCCUUUCCCGCGGCAAUGUUGCCGCAUGCAGUUACCAAUAGGCAGAGCGUGCUUCUGGGUUUCAACCGCGAAAAGGCCUUCCCUCUGAUUCUGGAAGGCCGCCGUUGCGCGCCAUCACCCCUCUGGGGUAGUUACGAUGCAAUUCCUUUGACCAGGGCAUUGGAAGAUUCGGCCAUGGAUCUCGCAGAGAAAGGACUCCCCAUCCGAGCUCCCCCAAAUCAGAAUCUCUUCGAGGUCUUUGCGCCUCGUCGCCUAACUCCCAAUCGCCAACCGUCGUCAUUUGUACCUGACCCUCCCGCGCUGACUGGGAGAACCGGGUGCUCUAAUUCCAUCCUCUGCCCUGCCAAGCCCGCCAUAUCAGCUGCAUUUAUCCAAAGUAUUUCUCUAACCCUAGCCCUUGAUGAGGCUGGCUCCCAACAAAACCCGAAGCGAGUCUUCGUUGCAAGCGAUUUUGUUUCAGAAUUCUUUGAAUUUUUUUGGCAAGCGAAGCUCACGGUGGGGCCCUCGCGUGGCUGA